UCAGCUCAGCAACCUGACUGUAGCUUCAGCCCGCCUCCCCAGGGCUCACUCUAACCUGCCACCUUUGCCUCCGCUCCACCAUGAUGCCCACGCCCCCAACUAUAAAUGCUGUAGCCAGGACUCCUGAGUGACAAACCUUGCUGGGACAUCUACCAUGGCUAUAGCUGGAACCCUGCCGCUGCUGCUGCUGCUGCUGCUGCUGCCUCUCUCCAGCCUCAGUCCUGCUGCGGCCGCUCGAAUCCCCACAUUACCACCUUGUGCCCAAGAUGCUGAGUUCCAGUGUCAGGACAUAGAGACAGCUAUUCGCUGUGGAGCCUUGGGUCACUGCCUCCGGAAGGUCUGGGGACAAGCUAACGCAGAUGAUCUAUGCCAGGAGUGCGAGGGCAUUGUGACCAUUCUCACCAAGAUGGCUAAAGAGACACUUUUCAAGAAAACCAUUCAGCACUUCCUGGAGGAAGAAUGCUCCAAAUUUCCAGUGAGGCUUAUGAUCCCAAAUUGCCAGCACAUAGUGGAUGAGUACUUGUCUCUCCUCAUCACGCACUUCCAGGGACAGAUUCCAAAGAGGAUAUGUAGGAGUCUAGGUCUGUGUGAAGACAAGGUCCCACUCUCAGCAUGGGAGCCAGGAUCUCAGGAUCUCUCAGAGAAGCUGGUCCCAGCAUUUCUGGAGAACUUCCCAGGGAGACCCGGGGCUCACACCCAGACCCUCAUGGAACAGAAGUUCCCCAUCCCGCUUCCUUUCUGUUGGAUCUGCCGAACCUUACUUAACAAAGUUCAAUCUGUGAUCCCCAAGUCUGUGCUGGCAGUGGCUGUUGCUCAGGUAUGCCACAUCGUGCCCCUGGUGGCGGGUGGCAUCUGCCAGUGCCUGGCUGAGCGCUACACCGUCAUCCUGGUGGAUGCACUGAUGAGCCGUGUUUUACCCCAGCUGGUCUGCGGCCUCAUCCUUCGAUGCUCCACUGAAGAGGGCUCCAACCUAGGACUUCUCCCAAACCAGUGGACACCCUCAGACCCAGACUGCCACCUCUGCGUCUCAGUGACCAGCUGGGCAUCAUCACAACUGCCAGCGAACAGCACUGAGAGAGACAUAGAGAAGACACUGGUCAGCAUCUGCAACAACCCCCAGCUGGACUGGCAGGAGUGCCAAGGUUUGGUGGAACAAUUCUACCCCUCACUAUUGUCGUUGCUGCCCCACGGCCGAAAUCCCCACGUCAUCUGCCAGGCCCUGGGAAUAUGUGAGAUGGAACUCAGUCAGCCUCUGUCUCCAGCCUGUGCCGAGGGCCCGAGCUUCUGGUGCUCCAGCAUCCAGGCUGCCAAGGAGUGCCAUGCUGCGCUAUAUUGCAAAAUACAUGGGCAGGACUGAUGUGUCCUGCAGAGGGACCCAGAGCAGCAAUUUCCAGGAAAGAGCCACCCCAGAGCCCAGCGCUCGGGUUAGCCAGAGUCUCGGGAGGCUCCCGGGAACGUCUCCUCCCAUGCUCUUCUGACCCACACCCUCCGCCCGAUCCCACUGUACUUAGAGGAUGUUUCUUAGAAUCCUACGUUGGAUUCUUUCUCCUUUGCCUGUGCAUUUUUUUUUUUUUGGUAAUAAUGUAGUUUUUAUAAUCACCUCUAGUC